AGACUGAAUUAAGCACAGCUACCUGCAUAUUCAUGCAGAUAUAAUAUAUUUAACAGGAUAUGCAUCGAAAUUUCUGCCAAAAUUAAUAUAGUUUUUAUUUAAAACGAUGUCAAAGUAUGAAAUUUCGUAAUAAAAGCAGGGUAUUUGGUUUUCGCCAUGUUUGACUUGAAAGCGAGGCUGUGACGUCACUGGUGUGACAGUUUCAGAUGUCCAGCGAUGCCCUGCGGCGAGUGUGUGUAGUUGGUGUAUUUUGGCUGUCAAACUCAAGUCACAUCAAAGUACUUUCUGAUACAAAACAAACAUGGAAUAUGGCCUACAACCGUAUCAGCUAGAGCCGGUAAGGAGAGAUGAUUUCGAAGUAGAUGAUGAUGUAAUAGAUAAUGUACAAAUUCGUGAAGAGCAAGAAGAAGAAUGGAGAAAAUACAACAAGGAGUGGUGCGAAUGCCAAAGAUGCGGCUUGAUGCCAACUGCUGUGGAAUGCCUGUGUUGCCAUGAAAUCGGUAAUGUUGUGAGGAAGAUGAAUUUAGGCCUAGAGGAUGAACUAAAAUGCAUUGUUGAACAUUUUGAAUUCGAAUUUGUUUGUUUACAUCCUGGAGUUAUAAGGACUGCACUUGUUGCCCGACAUGAUGUUCGAAGAAAUCAACUUGUCGAUCCAAUUCCAAACGAAACUUUUCGCCUAAAAGCCUACAGGCAAUUCACGUACUGGGUGCAUGAUCGCCUUGGUAAAGCCAUACGGAGAGUCAUCCCAGCGUGUGUAGUUGGCCGAAUUCGGCAGGAAUAUCCAAGUGAUAAUGGGGCCUACGUUGGAUUCAAAGAAGCGGACCUACAAGCGUAA